GCAGGUAUAUGCAAAAGUAAGAAAACUCGAAAAGUCACUAUGGAACAGUCAAAACCUACAAGUUUGGAGCAGGUCCCAGAGGAACUGUCAGAUCCCUUGCCCUCUGUAGUUGUUGACCACGACAGAUUAAAGAAACUUCUUGACUUGGUGGUCAAGAAAAGUAACAACCUGAGUGUUGACCAACUUGAGAGAUUGUAUUCGCUCCUCAGUCAGUGCAUCUACAGACAUCGUAGAGAUUAUGACAAAUCACGACUUAUAGAGGAGAUGGAAAGAACAGUUCAUGUGUUUGAAACAUUCCUGUGAACUCGUCAAGAUGGGUACCUGAAACCAACCAGCCUACAAGAACCAAACGGAACUUCAUAUAGUUGUAUCUGGUAUAAAUAAAGAAUACAAUGCCACAGCUUGGAGAUUUUUGGUGCUACACAGAAACUGUCCUCAUUUCUGCUCUUGUUUGCUCUUCGUGUGUUAUCUUUUGGGAAACUUCGGGCAAAGUGGAGACCAACACGAGAGAACUGGAAAGAGCAGAUCUAAGUUGAAUAUUUUUGAACAGGCAAUUUUUUUUAAUUUUCUUUCCAGUUU